AAAAAGCCCCAGUCUCCAAGCAUCCCCCACCUUCUGAUCCCCCCCAUCAACUUCUCCAAGCUCUGAAGCCUCUCAAGCUUUGCAAAUGACCGCAGAGAUCCAACAGCCGCCCUCCCAGACCCCUUCCCAGAGCAGCCCCAUGUCUGGAGCCACCGAGAAGCAGACCACGGUCAUGGAGUCAGCCUCCUGCACCACCAAGACCAAGAAGACCAACGCCGGCAUCAGGAGGCCAGAGAAGCCCCCAUACUCCUACAUAGCCCUGAUAGUCAUGGCCAUCCAGAGCUCCCCCACCAAGAGGCUGACCCUCAGUGAGAUCUACCAGUUCCUCCAGAGCAGGUUCCCCUUCUUCAGGGGCUCCUACCAGGGCUGGAAGAAUUCUGUGAGACACAACCUGUCCCUCAAUGAGUGCUUCAUCAAGCUGCCCAAGGGUCUGGGCAGGCCGGGCAAAGGGCACUACUGGACAAUUGACCCGGCCAGCGAGUUCAUGUUUGAGGAAGGAUCCUUCAGGAGGAGGCCCAGAGGCUUCAGGAGGAAAUGCCAAGCCUUGAAGCCCAUGUACAGCAUGAUGAAUGGUCUGGGCUUCAACCAUAUACCGGAUAGUUACAGUUUCCAGGGAUCUGGAGGUGGAAUCUCCUGCCAACCCAACAGUCUGGCACUGGACAGUGGCAUAGGCAUGAUGAAUGGACAUUUGACAGGCAACGUGGACGGGAUGGGGUUAACUGGGCACCCGGUGUCGCACCUGACUGCCAACGGGGGCCACUCCUACAUGGGCAGCUGCACAGGCUCCUCAGGGGGUGAUUACUCUCACCACGAGUCAGGGUCUCCUCUCCUUGGAGGAGGGGGCGUUAUGGAGCCACAUUCGGUGUACAGUAGCCCGGCCUCAGCUUGGGCACCCACCUCUUCUGCACCCUACAUCAAGCAACAGCCCCUGUCACCCUGCAACUCUGCCACCAACCCUUUGUCCUCCAGCCUUUCAUCCCACUCCCUGGAGCAGCAAUACCUUCACCAAAACAGCCACAACACAGCAUCUGAUUUACAAGGUAUCCCCAGGUAUCACUCCCAGUCCCCCAGCAUGAAUGACAGAAAGGAGUUUGUCUUCUCGUUCAAUGCCAUGGCCUCGUCCUCCAUGCACGCAGGGAGCGGAUCCUAUUACCACCAGCAAGUCAGUUAUCAGGACAUCAAGCCUUGUGUGAUGUGAUCCCUGCCAGCAGCAGGCCAGCAAAUGGGCCCCUUCACCCUGGACUCUGCAUGUGGGCCACUCUGCAGCUGACACCCCUCAACCAGCCAUGGAAAGUCUCUGAUGGCAGCCAAAAGCUGCCCACUGUCCCUUCACUGUACAUUGGGUUCUUUUUAUUCCUCCCACUGGAAGCCAUAUCCUUCAAAGUGAAAGUAAAGCGCAUAAAAAGGACUAGUUAUUUUAUUUUAUUACAGAGGUAUAACUGUUUUAUAUCUCCGGUCAUCCAAGAAAACCCUGCAAAUCCAGUAAUCCAGUUCAAAAAAUGGAUUUUGUUUAUUUUAUUUUUUAUGCUUUUUUUUUUUUUUUUUAAAUACUUUGCCUCCUUUCUAUUUUCUGCUGAAAGAAGGAUUUGUAAAAUAAUAUAUAUAUACAUCUUUUUUUUUUUUUUUCUAUUUGACUUUAUAGCUUCACUAAUGAUCAGGCUGACACAAAUAUAUCCUUUUAUCCUUCUGGCCAACAAGAGUGGACUUCAGGCCCGGAUUAUGAAGUUGCAGAGCUAAUAUGGCACUUUUUUUUUUAUUAAGACAAUAUUUAUUUAUCUUUUAUUCAGUAAAAAAAUAAAAUAAAAAAAUUAAAUAAAAAGACACCACCUUGCGUCAGUUUAUCAGUAUUAAAAAUGGUGUUUUUGUUGGCAAUAUUUGCCUUGUGAAUUUUUGUUUUGGGUCACUGUAAAAUAGGAACAAGCUCUGUAUUAAACCAAAAGAACAAAUAAACUACAAUAUCUUUUCUAUUAAA